UCACAGAGGGAAAGGAGCUCAGUCCUCCACCCCGAGAUGACAGUGAUGGCGCCCCGAACCCUCCUCCUGCUGCUGUCGGGGGUCCUGGUCCUGACCGAGACCUGGGCGGGCUCGCACUCCCUGCGCUACUUCGACACCGCGGUGUCCCGGCCCGGACGCGGGGACUCGCGCUUCUUCACUGUGGGCUACGUGGACGACACGGAGUUCAUGCGCUUCGACGGCGACGCCGAGAGUCCCCGAUAUGAGCCGCGGGCGCCGUGGAUGGAGCGGGAGGGUCAGGAGUAUUGGGACCGACAGACACAGAGAGCCAAGGACAGCGCACAGACUUAUCGAGUGGGCCUGCGGACCCUGCUCGGCUACUACAACCAGAGUGGGGACGGUGAGUGACCCCGGCCGGGUCAG